GGCAUGGACCUGACGACUGACAAGCUGCGGUCGCUGGUGCGCAAGUGGCAGACGCUGAUCGAGUGCCACGUGGACGUGAAGACCACCGACAACUACACGCUCCGCCUGUUCGCCAUCGCGUUCACGAAGCGCCGCCAGAACCAGAUCAAGAAGACCAGCUACGCGCAGAGCAGCCAAAUCCGACAGAUUCGGAGGAAGAUGCGCGAGAUCAUCGUGAAGGAGGCGUCGUCGUGCGACCUCAAGGAGCUGGUGGCGAAGUUGAUCCCCGAGAGCAUCGGCAAGGAGAUCGAAAAGGCGUGCUUCGGCAUCUACCCCCUCCAGAACACGCUCAUCCGCAAGGUCAAAAUCCUCAAGGCGCCCAAGUUCGACCUCGGCAAGCUCAUGGAGGUGCAUGGCGAUUACAGCGGGGAGGAGACGGGCACCAAGUUGGAGCGGCCAGCAGAGGAGAGUGAGGCGCCCGCUGCUGAGGGCAUGGAGGCUGAGGCCACUGCAUCAAGCCGGAUCGUCCUUUUUCCCAUGUCUCGUUGUCCCCCAUCGCUCUCUCUACUCGGUUCUCCCCUCCUUCCCCUUCGCCCUCCUGUCACUCCUGCCCCUCCUCUCCUGUCUCCUCUCCCUCCUCUCUCUCCUCUCCCUCCUCUCUCUCAUCUCCAUGCUGUCUUCACACCCUCUCCAUCUAUGGCACCGGGUGCUGAUUGUAGUAUGCCUUACGAUGAGCUGGACAGAUGCAGGGAAGGAUGGUGGUGA